AGCACUCUCUCACUUCUGGCCAGGGAACGUGGAAGGCGCACCAGGGAGGGCGAGGGAAAGAAGGAAAUAGGAAAGAAACGGGGUUAGCAAAAUAAAAACAGCCUGCGCCACAGCCGGAGAGACCGAGACCCAGCGCCAGAGCGCGCGGCCUUAGUGGGAGAGGAACGCGAGACUCAGCAGAGCGCACUCAGCACUGACUUCUGCAGCUUCUUCGGCUUUUUCUUUCUUAGAAACCAGAAGGCGCUAGCGACAGCCUCACACGCGAGCGCCACGCGAGGCUCCCGAAGCCAACCCGCGAAGGGAGGAGGGGCGGGAGGGAGGAGGCGGCGUAGACGGAGGAGAAAAAGCAUUUGCAGCUUCUUUGCUCCUUCUCCAAGAAGUCUCCCGGGGGGUGUAUUUUUGUAACUUCCCUGGGGCUCCGUCUUCAUCCUUCUCUUUCUUUCCCUCUCUGUUCGCGCACCCAAGUCGUAUCCGUGUCCCCCUUGCGCGCCCCGCACCUCGCGUCCCAGCUCCCUCUGAUCCCGCGCCUCCUUGGCCGCCGCUGCGCAUGGAGAGCUCUGCCAAGAUGGAGAGCGGCGCGGGUCAGCCGCAGCCGCAGCCGCAGCCGCAGCCGCAGCCCCAGCCGCCCUUCCUGCAGCCCGCCGCCUGCUUCUUUGCGACGGCCGCUGCGGCGGCGGCGGCGGCGGCGCAGAGCGCGCAGCACCAGCAGGCUGGGCAGCUGAGCCCCGCGGCGGACGGCCAGCCCUCAGGGGGCGGUCACAAGUCGGCGCCCAAGCAAGUCAAACGCCAGCGCUCGUCCUCGCCCGAACUGAUGCGCUGCAAACGCCGGCUCAACUUCAGCGGCUUCGGCUACAGCCUGCCGCAGCAGCAGCCGGCCGCCGUGGCGCGCCGCAAUGAGCGCGAGCGCAACCGCGUCAAGUUGGUCAACCUGGGCUUUGCCACCCUUCGGGAGCACGUACCCAACGGCGCGGCAAACAAGAAGAUGAGCAAGGUGGAGACACUGCGCUCAGCGGUGGAGUACAUCCGUGCCCUGCAGCAGCUGCUGGACGAGCACGACGCGGUGAGCGCUGCCUUCCAGGCGGGGGUCCUGUCCCCCACGAUCUCCCCCAACUACUCGAACGAUUUGAACUCCAUGGCCGGUUCGCCGGUGUCAUCCUACUCGUCUGACGAGGGCUCUUAUGACCCGCUCAGCCCCGAGGAGCAGGAACUUCUGGACUUCACCAACUGGUUCUGAGGCACUGGCCUGGGCAGGCCUUGGUGCGCAUGGACUUUGGAAGCAGGGUGACCACACAACCUGCGUCUUUAGUGCUUUCUCGGACUUUGGGAGGGAGGAAAAUGAAAAAGAA